AUGCAGCGGCCCCGACCCCUCGCGGUGGUGCGACCUUCCCCCGCGGCCACUUCCCUGCCGAGCCUGUGCGACGGAGGGACAAGCUCUACUUCUCAGAACCGCGACGCCCUCGGAAACCCUUCUGAGACAAAGCUGGCGACUGACUCUUCUUGCACUCAUCCACGUGGGGCUUUAAAAAAAGGUAAAAAACAGGCCCUCCCGCCGCGGGGCCCCCGCCGCUGCCGAGCCCCGGCCCGCGCCUGCCGCCCGCGCUCUGCACGGGCCCAACCGCCGGCGCGAGGCGGGCCAAGGGCGAACGGCGCCCCCGACUCCCGGAGCCCCCGGCCCCGCUCCGGGCCCCCGUGCGCCCCAGCCCGACGCCCACCCCGACCCCCCGGCCUAGCCGCCGGUCCCGGGAACCCGCAGGCCCCCCGCGACCCGACGUCCACCCGCGGCCGCAGCCCCUGCGGCCCCCGCCUGACGACCGCCCUGGCCCCACCCCGGACCCCCGGCCACCGGCAGACGCGCCAGCCCGACGCCCACCCCCGAAACCCCAGCCCCACGGCAGGCCUCAAGUCCCCGACCUCCGGCCCGAGCCGACUCCCGGCCCCACGCCGGCCCGAGGCCCGACCCCCGCCCGCGGGAGACCCUCACCGAGGACAGGGAGCUGGUGGCGAGCAAGAGGCGCGGCGGGGCGGCGGCCCGGGUCCCUUCGACUCCGGCACGGCGGCGCUGGCGGCGGCGGCGGCGGCGGAAGUGCGUCACGCGGCGGCGGCGGCGCGGCGACGUGCACUUCCGCCCGGCCCUGACGCCGCGCAUGCGCCCCACCUCGCCCGCCUUCCCGAAGGUUCGUCGAGGCUGGACUUGGGCGGGGGUGGAGGGGCGCCGCCCCCGCGAUGCCACCCGGUGCCCUCCGACCCGGGCGGCGGCGGCCAGCCGAGGAGGCCUGGCCCUCGGCCGUCGGCCUCCCCCAUUGUCCGCCCGCCGCGGCCUCCUGCAACGCCGGCGGGCGGGGAAGCCGCGGCCCGGGGCCGGCCUCCUUGA